AUGGGACGGCUCUGGCGGUACCCAAGUCUGGUUGGUGUGGCCGUGGGCAAGCGCCAACAAGCAGUCUUGGCGUUUGUGGGUGGGAUGGCCAUCGCUAUGGCGGACAACAAGCGCAACAGCGUUGCGGGGAAGAUCGCUACCCCCAACUUGAAAGCUGGCGCUGCAGUGAACAAGGAUAUUAUAAGUCCAGAUUCGGAAUUGUUCAAAGCCAUUGGGGCGCGCAUCAGGAUUACCUGCGCUCCCCACAACAACACACUCGAGGGGACUCUCUUCACGGCUUGCGAUCUCACCCACUCCCUGGCCAUCAAUACUGCACCAGCUCCACCAAACCCAUCUGUGCCCCUCACAAGCCAACCGGGAGACUAUCACAUCAUCCCGUUUGCCCACCUGCUUUCCUUUGAGAUUCUCAGUCUUGCCGAACGAGCCCCAGAAGCACAGUCUGGCUUCGCAGGAGCGCAGCCCACUAUCUCGAAGGUGGACCUUGCUGCAGGCCGGGCGCGCGAGGAACAGACGAUCCGUGAGAUGAAGAAGAAGGAUGCGCAAAAGGGCAAAGGUGUCAGUAAAGAAGCACAGGACUUGUUCGAUGCCAUCUCAAGAACACUCCCAACUCGCUGGGUAGACACGCAGAUAGUCGUCAGCGACUCCGUCCUUAUCCAAGCGCCGUACACACUCGACAGCAUCAAAGCGCCCGCCGACAAAGCUCAGGCGGAGGCACAUGUCCGCAAGAUUGUGGAACACUACUACCAGCGCAAGAAGGGCGCUUCCUCGGGAGGAGCAGCUCGCGCCCCGGUCGCCUUGCCGAUUGCGCCCCGAAAAGGGGGUUAG